AUAAAACUUUAUAAAGAUGGCAGCAUCCGCUGAUCGCGGGUUGUGCUGCAGAACGUCGUGUAUUGCGCGAAAAUGGUGAAUUAUGUGAAAAUAUCAUACAUUUUAGGAAUUUUAAGUGAAAAAUUGUGUCGUGCAACUUUGUGAUAGUGUGCAUAUAUAUAUGAAUGACAGUGCAUAACGUGGAUAAAAAUAACGAUACUUUGGGAUAUUGGAUUACAUUAAAAAUAAAGACAAGAUGGUGGUCGGAGAGAACAAGCGCACAAACAUCAUGGACGGUAUCGAGAACACGGGCGACGUGCGGCUCCACGACCAUCGGCUGCGGCUGAAGCAGAGGUUCGAUAUAGUGCGCAAGCUGGGCCAGGGCACGUACGGGAAGGUGCAGCUGGGCAUCAACAAGAAGACGGGGCAGGAGGUGGCCAUCAAGACCAUCAAGAAGUGCAAGAUAGAGACCGAGGCCGACCUGGUGCGCAUCCGGCGCGAGGUGCAGAUCAUGUCCUCCGUCAGGCAUCCCAACAUUGUACAUAUUUAUGAAGUAUUUGAAAAUAGUGAGAAGAUGAUAUUAGUUAUGGAGUAUUGUUCCGGUGGAGAACUUUACGAUUAUCUUAGUCAGAAAAAAGUAUUAGAAGAAGAGGAAGCUAGAAGGUUAUUUCGUCAGAUCGCGACCGCGGUGUAUUAUUGCCAUAUACAUAAAAUCUGCCAUAGAGACUUAAAAUUAGAGAAUGUACUAUUAGACGAUACGGGAAGUGCCAAGAUAGCUGACUUUGGUUUGUCGAAUGUGUUCAAAGAGACGUCGUUGUUGUCAACGUUCUGUGGGUCCCCGCUGUAUGCAUCACCUGAAAUCGUGAAGGGAACACCCUACAUCGGUCCAGAAGUAGACUGCUGGUCUUUAGGAGUUCUGUUGUACACCCUGGUGUACGGGGCCAUGCCCUUUGAUGGAUCAAACUUCAAGCGACUGGUGCGGCAGAUCAGCAAUGGGGACUACUACGAACCGAAGAGUCCGUCAAGUGCGUCACCUCUUAUUAGGGACAUGCUGACGGUGGACCCGUUGAAACGUGCAGACAUCGUGUACAUCUGUGAUCAUCAAUGGGUGAACCUGGGUUGCGAGGCGUCGUGUCUGGAGGUGGCGGAGGCCCUCGCGGCGGAGACCCCGGUGCGGCUGGACCUGCUUCUGUCACUGGCACCUCCCGCCAGCACCCACACCAAUAGUGUCGUGGUCCCGUCACAAGGGGGUGAGCUGGGUGCCGAUGAGAGCUGCACGGACCUCACGAGCUCCACCUCCAUGGCGGUGGAGCCCAGCAACUCCGCCGAGAAGAGGAUCUUGGACCUAGUGGCCGAAGGCGGUGAGGAUGCCAUCAAGCCAUCCCCCACGCGCACCAUCGUGUCGGCCGGAGACAACAAGCGGAAGCUGGAGCUUGCUAUGUCAGCCAGCGGGCUGCAGCGGAAGAAGGAGCGAGUGGCCAGUGUUGCGAGUGUUGCCAGUGUGCUCCCUGAAGAGACCGCGCCCGCGGAUGACGACGAAGAAUACGACCAAGAGAAGGAGCAACCAACUCUGAAGUCUUCGGCCACCAUCACGAUAGCUCCGGCCCCGGUCGAGCUCACCAAGAACCUGACCGUGGACAUCAAGGACGUGCGGCGCGCUGACGAGACACCUGAGGCCCGCAGGCAGCCCGCCUCCCACCACACUGGUGUGGACACCAAGCAGGAGGCUCCCAAGACGGAUGACUCGAAGACGUCCAGCCUGGUGUCGUCGGCGGCUGACAAGUUGACCUCUCUGUCGCUCGCGCAACAGCCGGCAGCGCCCCAUCCCGCUCACACGCCGGCACCCGCACCAACGCCCAACAAACCUAAAAAACUGUCCAUACCAGGCGGUCACGUGGGCAGCUUCAAGGAGCAGUUCGAGAGGAGAGCCUCGCUGACUGCGGCGCCCGAGGUCAAGCGCAAUCUGUCUAAACCGGUGGUAUCCAAGAUAGCGAAACCCAAAGCACAGAGUGAAGAUCGCGAGUUGACCACCAAGCCCACCGACAACGGCACCGUGAGGCUGCAGCAGAUCGGCAUCGAACCCCCACUCUCUCCCAGUGAAUCGGAAGAGAGUGAAUUGAACCGCGGUGGAGUGAAGAAGACGGAGAGUGAACCGACACACGCGACCGCUGUAGACCCCUCGGUGCUGCUGCAAGACGCUAGGAGGAGUCUUCAAAAUUCUAUGGCAAAGUUGGUGGAGGAGCGCGCCGGGGAAGAGAACCGCCGCCGCACGGCCAGAGACAUUAUAUCUACAGCUAUACGUACUGGCAAGCCUCCCGUCCCGUACGGUCGCUCGUCGUCUGCGGGCGUGACCGCUGUGACGUCACCGCCUGCGUCCCCGUCGGCCGCGCCCAGUAAGGUGUACCGCACUGAGGCGCAUCACCGCGUCGAAGACCAUCGCAACAGGGGCGUGUCAGUGGAACGUAUAAUACCGAUCAGCGUGACGUCAGAGGAGCCCGCAGGCCCGGCACCUCCUGUCGCGGCCCCGCUACCGAGGCCCUCCCCGCGUCCCGCACACCCGCCGCUCAGACGACUAGCAUCAACGGAGUCGAAUGCACCAAGCGAGCCGAGCCCUCGCACCGGAGAGCCGAUCAAGAAGUCUGCGCGGGAGUUCAUCAUCCCGAUAGCGGUGGAGGGCAAGGGCUACGUCACUCCCCGCCAGCGCAGCUUGGAGCCCGAGGCCUCCUCGCACAGCGUGCCCUCGCGGUCCAGACUCACGCCGCGCCGCAUCAGCAGCCUGGUGAGCGGCGGCGAGUCCGAGGACGAAGACGACACACACAUGCAUCGUCUGAGGUCGAGUCGCCUGGCGCGCGCCGAAUCCGUGAGCUCGGGCGAGGAAGAUGAAGAAGACGAGGGCUUCCACCUGCUCACCGCUGAGAAUCUCUUCUCUACUCUACUGCACAGGGUCCGAGCGCUGACCCAGCGUCUAAAUGGCGAAGAAGGUCCCGGCUUUGGCCAACACCCGCACUCCCUGUUCAACAAUCUGCACUCAAACUUCUUUAACAGCCCUCACUUACCGCGGAGACAUUUGUUACGCGACGGCUGGGGCUCCCGCGACAUGCACGCGCCCUUCGACUCCAUGUUCAACAAGAGCCGCGCGGCGCCGCGAGGUAAUAGUAAGAAACCUGGCAAGCACCGUACCGAGGAGACGGAGAAGGCCGACACCAAACUCGAUCUGUCCGACCUGGACUUGAGCUCGAUAGAGUUCUCGGAGCGCGAGCUGCGGGCUCUGUCCGGGCUGACGCCGGCGCUGUCGCGGCGCCUGCAGCAGCAGCUCCUGCAGCACCUCCCGCCGCACGCGGCCCGCACGCUGCGCCGCACGCUCUCGCUGCACGCGGCCGCGCCCGCCGCCCGCACGUGCCAGCGCACGCACUCCGCCAACGACGCGCUCCGGACCGACCCGCUGCACGAAACAGAUACCGACACCACACCGGACGAUGUGCCCAAAUCUAAAUCUCCAGAACCGACCAAACAAUGCACAUCGGACACUAAACCGUCGGAAUUGCAAGACACUAAUCUAUCUGAAGUGUCAUCCGCGUCGCAAUACUGCACACUACCACGCUUGCGGCGAAAGUCGGCAACGCGAGCUCUAUCGCCUGUUUCACCACUCACCGAUGUAGCAACUGAUGCUAGCAAGCUUAAUUUGCCUCCGAAAGACUUAAACCGAUUGAGAUUCAACGCAAGGAGUACUCCAGAAAGAUCCUUACUUAGCAAAUAUUUAACUCCGGAUAGAUCGAUCUCUCUGGACGAAUCAUCAGACACUAGUAUACUAUCAGAACCAAGUUAUAUUGCAGCGUACGGCGCUCCAGGUUUGGGAGGUGCGUCAGGCUUUAGAAGGCAUUCUCUCAGACUGACUGGGGAUCAACCGAGAAAGCGAAUAUCUAGGUUCCUUCGGUCCGAUUUCUUUGAAACUCCACCCGAUGAAAGUAUAUAUGCAAAACAUAAAAAAGAAAAAGAACUCGAGACACAAAAAAUAUUAAAAGAAAUCAGAGAGAAGAAAAGUAAAGCUUCGGAUACGGGGUCUAAAAUUCCGUUAGAUUCUAACGGCAUUCGGUCGCCUUUACCUGAUGAUGAAACGUAUUCUCUUCCAAAGUGCAUGUCGCCUACGAGUAGUUUACCUGGAAAGGAUAGAAGUAGAUCAACGACUCCGUUCUUACCAAUUUUGGAUAAAAUAAAAGAAUCUAACAUAGACUCCUCAUUAUUACCUUCAUCUCAAAAAUCAUCUCAGGGCUUUAGCCACAUUCAAACUGUAGAAAAGUGUCAUGACAAUGGACUGAAAGAUACAAAACUUGUGAGACCAAAAAGUUAUCCUGCAAAGAAUUUAACCAUGUAUGAUGAUUCUAACAAAGCAAUGUUAUCAGAACAUACUACUCAUAAAGAACAUGAAAAUCCUGAUUUGAAACAAGGUCAAACCAAAGGGUCAAGAUUACUACGUCCUAAAAGUUACCCUACAAGUUCAAAUAGUCCGGAAAAAGGAUAUAUCAAUCAGCACAAUGCAAAGGACGAGUCAAAUCUCAAAACAGUAAAAGAACAAGGCGAUACGAACGCCGGAGUUGACAGCAAAAAUGACAUAGAAGUUAGUUUUAACGUUACUUUGCCUAAGAAAAAAGGAGUUGGAGGUUCGGCUAAUAAGACAGAUACAUUGGGAAAAGAUGAAAUAAACAAAAAAUCUUGUGAAUCAAAGUUAGUUUUAAAGAAAUAUAAAGUAACUGAUAGUGAAAGAUCUCAAAAAGAGGAUAAAACUAUAGAAAACAAAACCGAAUCCUUGGUCAAACUAUCCGAUAUUGACACAAAAAAUAAAAUUGUAAGUAAUGGAACCAAUACAGAUGCAGUCAAAAAUAUUAAUAUCGAAAAUAACGAAUCCGAAAAGAAAGUGGUAAAAAAGAAAGUAUUAAAAAAGGUAUCUUCUAAAUCUAAAACUGACAUGGGAAAUAACCAGGAAACUAAACCAACUGGUGAAAAAAAGAAAGUUUCAAAAAAGGUAAAAGAAAAAUCUCCCGAAGAAAGUUCAAAAUUACCGAGUGUCACAAAGAAAAAGUCUGUUUUACAAUCUAUUGGACAUAAGCUUGAAAAAUUUACAUCUUCAAAAUCGAAUUCGCCGGAAAAGUCGCAAGAAAGUAAAUUAAGCAAUGAAGCAAAAAAAGCUAACAGAUUACAACGAGAACAUUCUGUUCCUGUCGAUCCUCCUACUGAAUCUAAGCUUAUCAAACGCGCUAUCACAAUUACAGAUAUGCCUGCUUUAGACACUCAAAGUGCUCCACAAAAUAAAACGACUGUUUCCAAAGUACUUGGCCUGUUCAAAAAAUUUGAACCUAAAGACAAAUCUAAAAGUUCGCCAGAAAAAUGUACUAAGAAUUUAUUGCAGGAAGAUGAUUCUCAGAUUAAGACUAGCUCGCAGGAUAAUGAAUUAGAACAUGAAAACGAUAAACCUAAACGACCGACAUCGCUAUUAUUGAACGGCUUUAAUCGCAAAAACAAAUACAGCCGAAAGAGCAGUGAUAGCAUUAACGCAAAUACUGUGUUAGAAAGCAACGAAAAUACUUCGAAUAGUGAAAACGAACCUGUAAAAGUGCGAAAUAGUUUGAAAUUAGAUUUUUCAAAACUUCCUAGAGUCAAGAAAAUAGUUCCUAGUGAUCCUGUGAUAGAACCCCGAAUAAUGGAUACGUCUGUAGACGGGGGAAAACAUAUUCCAGAAGAAGAGAACAGUGUACUUACAGAUAGAGUAGUCAAAUUAGAUUUAAAUGAUACUCAGAGCAGGAGUCGGUCGCGGAGCCGGUCAACCUACUCGAACUCUGACGUCAAGUCAGAAAAUAGUGCCGACAUUAAAGACAAGAAUCCGCUGUCCCCUAGCAUAUUCCAUACUCUACGUAGCCUUGAUUCCACGUCUCCAGAAAAGGAGGAUGUUGGAGACAGAAUCCGUCGUAAAAGUUUCUACUCCCGAUUCAAUGAGAAAAAACAGAGACGGAAAAGUAAUUUGGUUGGACCCGGUGCGAUUGAGUAUGACCCUGUAGCGAGAAUAUAUUCCCAGCCCACAGACACUAAAUACGAAGUGUCCCCGACGUCUCCUAGCGGCUGCGAUGUCUCGCCCGGCUUCUCUAUCGGCUCUGACCUCUCGCCGUCCACCGAGCGAUACCGGUCUCUGCUGGCAGAUCUACCAGUCAACACGCGAAGUAAUCGACGCUACGAUGGGAUGAAUGACAAAGUAGAUAAUUACAGAUCUCUCGACAGGAAUGAGUUUAGAAAGUAUCCAGGUUCGAGAAGUUACCUUGACUACGAUCAACCCUUGUCUUACACACAAAGUAGAUACUCUAGGACUAAAUCUCUCUUAGACAGCUCAGAUCCCACGGAAAAUCUAAGCCUUAGCUUACUAAGGGAGCCUCACAAGUACAGCAGGACUAACUCGUUAUAUUCGCCGGGAAGUUACGCGACGUACCGGCCGAAGCGAACGUGCAACCCUGCCAUUAUACUUAAGGAAAGCGAAAAGGAACCGAGCCCUGAAAAUAUCCUUGACAAGAUAAGGCAAAGAAAGAUUUCUAUCAGCGUGACUAGAAAGCCUGACUCUGUAAAGGAUUCACUCACAAGACUCACUGGCUCACCUAAAGGCGAAAGCGACAGUACAGAACGCUCUGAGAAGGGCGACUGAGAAACGCUUUUGAGAUCUAGUUUCUAACUUAGUUAACUCAAGACGCAUUUGGAAACAAAAUGUUAUAUUUACCUACUGUUUCUGUUUGUACUCCUCAAGUUAUUGAAUCUCAAAUAUCUUUUAUUUCCUAGUAGUAAUGAUCUGAAUUGUCAUCUUGCCAAUGAGAGUAGUUAACGCAUAACGCAUUUCAUAGUUAGUGUCGGCACAAAAAUCUCACUAGUGACAAAUUAGAAUAAUAUAAGUUUUUUUAGAAUCAUUUUCAUCAAUCGUAUUAAGUUGGACGAAAGUGCGAGCGCGUUUGCUUGCUCUUGAUACGGCCAAUCGAUCUGUGACGAACCUUUUGGAAUUUAAAUGAUCAUUGUCAAAUGAAACGCCAAAUAUAUUUUAUUAAUAUUGACGAUUACAUACGUGCUAUGUUUAUUAAAGUUUUAAUAUUUAUUUGCUAAAGAUUUUAUACAAUGUGAAUUGAUUAAUAAGUACGUGCCUUUUAACAAAACGACUGGAUUUGUCCAUUUUAUAUGAAAUAUGAAUUGACACUGUGUACUGUUUGUGUGUUUGCAGUUUGCACAAAUUAUAUCAAUAUUUAUUAAGUUUACUGUACAGAAAGAUCUUCCCGCAGUCAUUUAAGUUUUAAAUGUAUCAGAUAGUAUUGUUUUGCUAAGUCAUGUAACAAUUAUCGAAUAGAAUGGUGCUUAGAUGAAGUUUAAUGUUUUGUUAGAGUUAAAAAGAAUUAAUACUUACGGCGGCGUAGUUACGGAACAGGACGGUCUAUAUUGUUGAAUGUUAAAGUAUAUUUUAAAUGAAAUAGUUUUACUCAUAAUUUGUUGCCAUUUUCAUUGUUUUUGUGACAUCAAGUUCGUGUUCCAUGCAAUAGGUCGACAUCCAUGUACUCAUAAAUUGAAAUUAUUUAUUAAUUUAAUAAUUAGUAUAGAAGUUAUUUAUUUGUGUGGUUAUUAAUAAUUAUUUUCUUUCAUAGUGGAACGUGAGCUGUGAUUGUGUUGAAUAAUAUUGUAAUCGCUGUCACGCGUUUUGUAUUGAAUGUCAAUAAAUUAUAAUAUAGUUGAAA